AAUAGACAUCAUUUGCUUAACAGAAGUUUUUCAACUGCGCCACUGCGGGCUGCACAGUGGUGCAGGGGGUAACACUGUUGCCUCGCAGUAAGAAGGUUCUGGGUUUUUCACACUAGUAUAAGCUAAUGAAUGGAUAAGUGUUUCAAAUGGACCCAUCCUUAUACAAGUUAAAUAAAUAAUUAUGUGGCUUUAUUUGUUUCGCUUACUGCUUAAAAAUUCAUCUCAAUAGCCAAUCAUUCUGAUUCAAGCAGAAUUACGCUCCAAGCACAAUAUUGUUACAUGUUUACAUUUUGUGGUGGAAUUUACAUUUAUGUUAAUUUCUCUAUAUUUAUUCAGUAGGGGAAGAAAUCCCACAUUACUGUAACAAAGUCAACAAUUCCACAAUUAUUACAAACCUGCUCUUAACAUUAGGCUCUUGUUGUGCCAAAUGUCCUUUCUCCUCUGCAGCUCACUUCAUGGGUUCUUUAAAAGAUUUAGGUCCAAAAGCUGAGAUGGGGAAGGGAGAAGAUUGAUUCUAUCUGUCUGAUUAACCAUCUCUACAAGCUCUUGUAGAAAUUUCUUGAAUCAUUACCUAGCAAAAAGAUCCACUAAUGACUCAUUUUCAGUUUACCAUUAGUGGCACUUGGAAUUGAACUUGAAAUAUCUUGGUAACAGUUCAUGAGAUUAUUUUUUAGUAGAGAAAUUGGCCCACAGCAUUAAACGUCCUCCACCUUACUUUACAAUGGCCAUGAAAUGCUUUUUAAACACAUUCUACUUUCCUUUCAAGUUUUUUGUAGCCUGUUUUCCAAAACCUUGAAACAAUGAAAAUGAUGUUCCACAUACCAUACAUUAGAGUGUUAUGUAUAACUAUAUGCAUCUAAAUUUAAUCAUAGGUCAAACAAGAAAGUAUCUUGUUAUAGCACAAAAUCACAUUCACUCACAGUUUGAGAACUAGCAGGGCAACAAACUUACAUUCACACACAUGCAUGCAUACAUACUUGUCGUUAUGUAUUAUAGUGGCAGCAGAUUAUCUAGUUGACCUUUUGCUUAAGGUCUUUAUGCAGCCUUAUAAUAGACGGGUCCUCCUAGCUCUGAAUGAAAGGAUUAGUUUUCCUUUAGAGGUGCAUUACAUCCCUUUUUUUUCAUGUCAAUCUGCAAUAAAGAUUGUUUGCAGAAAAAGAGUUUGGCUGGUGAGAUCAUCAGUGUCUGAAGAAAACAGAGGAUCAUGCAAAGGAGGCCUUGUUUAAAAGAGUUAAACAGCUUGUACAGGUUCAAUACAUUAACAUGUGGGAUAUCAAUAUAAAAGACGCUUGCUUAAAAUGAAUGCGAUUUCUAUGGUGCAAGUGUGUGAUUUCAUUUUUUUCCAUUGCAACUAAUAGAAUUGCUUCAACAAUAUUCAAUUUUGAUUUCAUUAGAAGAAUUAAAAGGGUGUUUCAGAAAAUAAGCUUAUCAAAUCCUGCUGCUCGCCUGAAUAAAAACAUGUUACAGUCCAUAUUUACACUCUUACUAAGACCACAGUUAUCAGGAGUAGAGUCAUUCUGGUCUGAAUGUACUGAUCCAGAGUGAAGGCUGGGUACUUUGGCCCACAUAUCUGUUACUACAUGAUCAGCUGAUGAGUUUAGCAUAGGUAGAUCCCUGCUAACCUUCAGCACUAUAUGCUGAUGACAGAGGGAUUGCUGGGAUUCAGCCCUCUGCCUUCUCCUUAGGGCUCUCCCUCCUGCAGUCCACUCAUCCAACUACACAGGGGGAUUAUUAACUUUUUUUUGGUGCAUUUGAAUGUGUUCACGCCAAUUUCCCCCAACCUGUACAUCACCUGGCGGUUCCUCCAUUCGAGCAGCACUGGAGCUUUAUUGAGAACAAAAGGAAGAGGACAAGGAAUAGCUGGCAGAAGAAGAGGAAGGAGGAACAAUGGGUGUGCAAAAAGAAGACGUGGAGAAGUUUCUUCAUGACAACCCUGAGUUUGCUACGAAAUACUUUUGCAAAACAAUGAGCCCUUCUUCCAUAUCGAAGAUAUCAGGAUUCCCAGAAAAAGAGAUUGACUUUGGAAAGCUGGAGGAACUUUGUCGAGUUGAGGAAAGCCGAAUAAUGUUUGAUUUGAUCAAAGACAUGCAAGAGAACAUCAACAUGGAAAAGGUGGUCUUCAAGAUCCUGAAGCGGCUUGGAGCUCUCAUUCACGCCGACCGCUGCAGCCUGUUCAUGUACCGGCAGCGGAACGGCAUCGGAGAGCUGGCGACGAGGCUCUUCAACGUCUCAACCAAUUCAGUCUUGGAGGACUGUGUGGUUUCACCAGACUCUGAGAUCGUCUACCCUCUGGACUUGGGAAUAGUUGGCAACGUGGCCCUCACCAAGAAGAAUGUCAACGUGAAAGAUGUCAAAGAGAGCCAGUAUUUCAGUUCAUUCGUUGAUGAACUCACAGAAUAUGAGACCAGGAACGUGCUGGCAGCGCCCAUCCUCAAUGGCAAAGACCUGGUGGCCGUGAUCAUGGCCCUGAACAAGACCACAGGACCACAUUUCACUGGCCAGGAUGAAGAUCUCUUUCUGAAGUACCUGAAAAUUGCCUCUCUGAACCUUAAGAUUUUUCACCUAAGUUACCUCCACAACUGUGAGACACGCAAAGGACAGCUGCUGCUGUGGUCUGCCAACAAGGUGUUUGAAGAGCUGACAGACAUCGAGCGACAGUUUCACAAAGCCUUGUACACAGUCCGGGCCUACCUCAACUGUGACCGAUAUUCUGUGGGGUUACUAGACAUGACAAAGGAAAAGGAGUUCUUUGACAUUUGGCCUGUGUUGAUGGGAGAGCAGCCACCUUACAGUGGACCUGUAACUCCAGAUGGCAGGGAAGUAAUUUUCUACAAAGUUAUUGACUACAUACUCCAUGGAAAAGAAGACAUCAAAGUAAUACCAAAUCCACCUGCAGACCACUGGGCCUUGAGCAGCGGCCUUCCCACUUAUGUUGCAGAGAGCGGCUUUAUUUGCAACAUCAUGAAUGCGGCCGCUGAUGAGAUGUUUCAUUUCCAGACAGAGCCACUGGAUGACAGUGGCUGGACCAUAAAAAAUGUUCUCUCGCUACCAAUUGUCAACAAGAAAGAAGAAAUAGUCGGUGUGGCAACGUUUUACAACAGGAAAGAUGGGAAGCCAUUUGAUGAUCAUGAUGAAAAUCUCAUGGAGGCUUUGACUCAGUUCUUGGGAUGGUCAGCUCUGAACACGGACACGUAUGACAAAAUGAACAAACUCGAGAACCGAAAGGACAUCGCUCAAGAUAUGGUGCUCUACCACGUCAAAUGUCGAAAUGAUGAAAUUCAGAAUAUCCUGAACACAAGAGAGGUCUAUGACUGUGAACCCUGGGACUGUGAAGAAGAGGAUCUUCUUGACAUUCUGAAAAAAGACCUGCCACGUCUUAUCAAGAAAUUUGAGAUCUACGAGUUUCGCUUCUCAGAUUUUAACUGCACAGAACUGGAGCUGGUGAAAUGUGGGAUCCAGAUGUACUACGAAGUCGGUGUAGUGAAGAAGUUCCAGAUUCCUCAAGAAGUGCUGGUUCGUUUCAUGUACUCAGUCAGUAAAGGCUACAGAAAAAUCACCUACCACAACUGGCGUCAUGGCUUCAACGUGGGACAGACCAUGUUCACAUUGUUAACGACAGGGCAUCUGAAACGAUACUACACAGACCUAGAAGUCAUGGCCAUGAUAACGGCAGGAUUCCUGCAUGAUAUUGAUCACAGAGGAACAAACAACUUGUACCAGGUCAAAUCUGGUAAUCCUCUGGCCAAGUUACACGGCUCCUCCAUCCUGGAACGACACCAUCUAGAGUUUGGAAAGUUUCUUCUCUCUGACGAGUCACUGAAUAUCUACCAGAACCUGAACAGGCGGCAGGUAGAUCACGUGAUUCAUCUUACCGACAUUGCCAUCAUCGCCACCGACCUAGCUCUUUAUUUCAAGAAGAGAACAAUGUUCCAGAAGAUUGUGGACCUUUCAAAAACAUAUGAAGAUGAAAAGAAAUGGGUGGAUUUCAUGUCUCUAGAAACAACCAGAAAAGAGAUCGUCAUGGCCAUGAUGAUGACAGCAUGUGACUUGUCGGCCAUCACGAAGCCCUGGGAAGUGCAGAGCAAGGUUGCCUUGUCUGUGGCGGCAGAGUUUUGGGAGCAGGGUGAUUUGGAGAGGACAGUGCUGGAACAGCAACCUAUUCCCAUGAUGGACAGGAACAAAGCAGCAGAGCUUCCAAAACUACAAUGUGGUUUCAUUGACUUUGUCUGCACAUUUGUCUACAAGGAAUUUUCUCGUUUCCACCCCCAAAUCCAGCCUAUGUUAGAUGGUAUCCUUAACAACAGGAAAGAAUGGAAUGCAAAAAAAGAGGAAUACGAAGCUAAACUCAAAGCCAUAGAGGAGGAGAAGGCUGCAAAAGAGGCUGCUCAGGCAGCAAAAGCUGCUGCAAACAACCCGAGUGGUGGAGGCUCCAAGACCUGCUCCGUUUGCUAAAAGACUCUAAAGGCAGAAGCUGAGAAUCAUCUGAAAAGAAAUAUUUUGAAUAUUUUAGACUGACUGGCAAGAAAAAAGCUCUAAAAUAAAGAAGUUGGAUAUGUUUGCAAAGCCCCAAAAUACUUAUAAGCUUCCCACAGUCAUAGCGCGACGCCCAGGAGGAGCGCAGCAAAUGUCACAGUCAGACAGUGGGGAUUUGGGAGGGUUGCCCCAUUGGACUGUCAAUUAUUGAAACCACACAAAAAACCUUGUAAAAGUCAACAUCGGGUUAGUGUUCUCAGCUGGGCUGCGCACAGAAUAAAAAAUUUGUGGGGUUUAAAUGAUCCCAUCUUUUAAGACCACAGAAGAGUUAAAGAGUGCAAGUUUCAGUCAGAGAAGAAAAGCCUGAACAGAAAGAGCUCUGCACUUCAGCUAAAAUAAUGGGACAUGGUAAAACAUCAAUCAUUACUGGGACAUCACUGAGCCCCUGAAUCAAAUUUUGUUGUAUUUAACUUUAGACUCCUCUGAAAAUAUUGUUUUGCAUUCUGAUUUCACUUUUGUUUCAAAUAUGUUGUUUAUCUUUUGAGAAUUACUUUUAGGUACUUGACAGGUACAGACUUAACAAACUGUCUCUUCUGUACAGAUAAUACAUUUUUGUAUAUGUUUCUUUUGUUUGUAUUGUUCCAGCAGAUGUCACAAGAUAAUCAUUGUAAAUACUUUACAUAGCCAAUGGUAACCUUGCCAUGUACCAUAUGUACUGCAUUACAUGACAGAGAAAAUAUAGCUCUAUUACAUUUUUUUGGACAAGAUCAGACUGUAAAAAGGCCUCUUAGAAAGUAGUACAUCUACAUCUUCCAGCAAUUGUUUUCAAUGUUCACUCUUUCCAGUCACUAUUUACAAAUGAGAGUGUGUUUACUUUGAUUGCAGUGAUCUACAAGUACAAUUUGCUACAAUUAGCAAGGCAACUUGCCAUGUGGUAAUCAUGUGCAAUAGAUAUGCAUGUUUCCAAUCAACACAAUCUGUAGCUGCUUAUCUGUGAUGCCUUUAUAAUGUCCAUAUGGAGUCUGUAUGUGUGUGUGUGAGAGAGCGAGAGAGAAUAGCCUAGAAAACCUUGAAUAAAGUGAGUAGAUCAAUGUAUUUGGAAAUAGAUCCUGUUCAGGGACAUUGGUGGGUCCAAGAGAAAAACUGGGAUUCAAAUUCUUUUGCAUUUUAUCUAUUUGGAAUGAAAUGCUUGUCUUAAAGAAGUAAGAGCAAGAAGCUAAUAAAUGGCUUUCAAAAUAAGCCUGUACUAUGUCAUGCAGGCACUGCGUUGAGCAUGAACGGAAUGCAAUCCACACAUCGCAAAGAAUGUGGAAACUACUCAUUCAUAAGAUCAAGAAACUGAACCCAGGGCUCUGGUGCUGUAGGGCAGCAGUGCUACCAACCAUUCAGACUCCUGGCUCACAAAGCUGUUUCAGUCAAAAGAAAAGAGUAACCUGACUUUGUGUAACGACAUGUACAUACUGCCUCUACACUUGUAAAUACAAUAUUUUUAAAGGUGAAAUAGUAGCGCUUCCAGAAUUGUAUUGCUCUUAUUGAGCCAUGAGUUCAUGCUUGUUCAUUUUCCACUUAUUAAAGUGAGAUCUGAAUGUAUAAGAUAAAAUAUUAGGUAUUAAUGACACCUCUAUGUGCUGUUGAUACAUCUGUAACAUAUUUAUUGUAGUUAUUUUAAUUUAAAGCCAGCGAGUUAAAGCUUGCCUCAUCGUCUGGUCCAUGUGUACAAUGAUGACUCAAAUAAAGCAAAUGUAUUUUUA